AUGUCGAUUCCGAACCAAGCACUUGAAAAGUUGAUCCGUGAGAUCGAGAGCCAGGCCAUCGCGGCCCAGCAGCAAAUUGGCCAGGCGCGCACGCAAAUGACAGCGAAGCAGCGGGAGAUGCGAAUGGUGCGCCUGACCUUGGAUGAGGUGGCGACUUUACCUCCCAACUCAAACGUUUUUGAAGGUGUUGGCAAGAUGUACGUGGAAAUUGAGGAGGAGCAAGAAAUGAACUCUGCUGACUGUGCUUGCUUGGGGGCGGAAAAGAUCAAGGAGAAGGAGGGUGAAGUCGAGAAGCUGGGCCAAAAGCUGCACUACCUGGAGACGACGUUUAAGAACAGCCGGCAGCACAUUGACCAGAUGCUCAAGGCACAGUCCUGA